CAGAUGCAUCAGUCAGGCUGAGAUAUGUAUCUUGUUUCUGUGUGAUAUACAUUUACAGCAAAAGUACUUUAUUCCGACUGCUUUGUAGAAAAGUAAACGUGCUUUGCAUCCAUCAUGUGGCUCCCCCUGCUGGUGGUGGUGAUACUGAUCUUCUUGUACAGACAGAACAGACACAGAAAGAUCAUGCAGAAUCUGACAGAUAAAUAUGUGCUGAUCACCGGCUGUGACUCCGGAUUUGGAAAUUUGUUGGCAAUACAGCUUGACAGGCGUGGGAUCCAUGUGUUGGCAGCUUGUCUGACUGAUAAAGGUGCUCAGGAUCUGAAGAAAAAGACUUCCAGCAGGCUACAAACAUUUAUCCUCGAUGUCACAGAUAGCAAAAGUGUAUGCUCUGUUGCCAACUGGGUCUCUGGUAUUGUAGGAAACAAAGGACUCUGGGGCCUGGUGAACAAUGCAGGUGUUUCCCUCCCGACUGCACCUAAUGAAUGGCUGACAAAGGAGGAUUUUUUCAAAAUCCUAAAUGUGAACCUUUUGGGGGUUAUUGAUGUUACACUCAGACUAUUACCGCAAGUUCGCAGAGCAAAAGGGAGAGUAGUCAAUGUUGCUAGCAUUGCUGGCAGACUGACCUUCUGCGGAGGAGGCUACUGCAUGUCUAAAUACGGAGUGGAAUCAUUCUCUGACAGUCUCCGGCGUGAUAUGGCCCCGUUUGGUGUGAAGGUCUGCAUGGUCGAGCCAGGGUUCUUCAAAACACAAGUAACUGAUGCAAGGUUACAGAAAGAGCAAUUACAGAAGAUCUGGCAUGGGCUUCCCGAGGAAAUACGGAAGAGUUAUGGGCAGCAGUACUUUGACAAAUAUUGCAGCAUUGUUGAUCUUACCCUGGGUAGAUCUAACCCAAAGCUUCACCUGGUUACAGACUGUAUGGAGCAUGCGCUGACUGCAGAGUACCCCAAGACUCGCUAUUCUGCUGGCUUGGAUGCCAAACUCUUCUACAUUCCUCUCACGUAUUUACCUACUGCUUUUGUAGACUUUCUUAUUAAUAUUACUAAGCCAUCACCAGCACAAAGUAUCUCAUAGGAAUUUUGUGCUCUGCGAAAAAUCUUGGGGCAAAUUUAUGAAUGAGUAAAAAGAAGGGUUCAUUUACAAUCAGCAGAACAUAGUGCUACGUGCAAAAAAGAGGCGCAAGCCAACAAUCUGCAGUUUUGCUGGUCAACUCCAGAAUGUAGAUUAGACCUAGGGCUUGCAUAUGGGCAGUGUCAGACUGGGACACCAGGGGCCCACCAAAAAACCUUGGACCAGGGGACCACUCUUAGUACUAUUAUUCUUCCUCUGAACGCUCCAUCUCUAUUUUCUCUCUUUUCUUUACAUACUAUAAUCUAUUAUUCCAUCUAUUUGGCCUCUUUGUUAUCAUAGAAAUAGGGAAUGACCAUUAAAUUGGCCAAAUGACACCUGUGCCCACCGGAAGUUUUCUUGGUAUCCCGCUGGGCCAGUCCGACACUGUAUAUGGGUGCUUCUUGCAGCUACAAUGGGUUCUACCCAGAUUAGGGUGGCUAUCUCAUCUCUUUAAAGUAUGACACCUGUUGAACACACAUGCUGCAAGUUAGAUACAAAACUGCCCACAAAUCCUUCAUCCACGCAUGCAACUUGCAGCACGUGUAUUCAAUAAGUGUCCUGUUUAAAAGGGUGAGAUGGGCACCCUAGACCUAGUGAUGGUCAUUUCUUUCUAAAUUCUGUGAAGAGGCCUAAUACUGUAUUAUCCUAAUAUUACGGUCUAGCUGCCAUUCAGCCUUUAGAACAAUGAACUCCUUACUGGCCUAUGUGCUCAAACCUGUGUCUCAAAAGAGCAAACAGAUUUUUUUAUAUUCAAUUUUGAAAUCCGACAUGGGGCUAGACAUUUUGUCAAUUUCCCAGCAGCCCCUGGUCAUGUGACUUGUGCCUGCACUUUAGGAGAGAAAUGCUUUCUGGCAGGCUGCUGUUUUUUGUUUGGCUGCUGGGGGGAAAGGGAGGGGGGUGAUAUCACUCCAACUUGCAGUACAGCAAUAAAGAGUGAUUGAAGUUUAUCAGAGCACAAGUCACAUGACUUGGGGCAGCUGGGAAUUUGACAAUAUGUCUAUCCCCAUGUCAGAUUCCAAAAUUGAAUAUUAAAAAAUCUGUUUGCUCUUUUGAGAAAUGGAUUCAGUGCAGAAUUCUGCUGGAGCAGCACUAUUAACUGAUUAAUUUUGAAAAAAAUGUUUUUUUCCAUGACAGUAUCCCUUUAAGUCUCUGAAGUAUUUGCUAUGCAUUGUAAGAAUAGGAACAAAGAUGAUGUCUAAUAAAAUAUAGCUUUGCA